AUGUUAUCGAAGAGAGCAAGUAAGAGGUUGGAAGGCUUCAAAUCAAGUCCAUUUCCGGCACCCAAAGGGGCAUAUUACGAUCCGAAAUUACAUCCAGAUGGAACUAUAAAUCUGUCUACAGCUGAAAAUUCACUGUUGAGCGAAGAUGUAAUUCCCGUAUUGCAAAAUGGGAAAAUCAAUGUUCAACAUGUAAAAUAUCGUGCUACCCUCAUACGAUCAUCUGUACCUCAGUUGGAAGAUCUCUUACCUGAUUAUAUCAAUUUAAGAAAUCCCUUGGUCAAAGUUACAAGACAGAAUAGUGUUACCGGACCUGGAGUAGGAGCUUUACUGGCUAGUUUAAUUUGGAAUUUAUGUGAUCCCGGACAAGGUGUUUUGCUAUCUACUCCAUUCUAUCAUGACUAUACGAGAGAUAUCGAAUAUCCCGCUCUGGCCAGAAUGGUCUUGUCCCAUAUUCCCUCCGAGGUCGAUUCGAUCUCACCAGAUGUCAUCCCAUACAUGGAAGAAACCAUUAGAUCCUCAUCGAAAGAAGGGACAGAGGUGAAAUGUGUUAUACUUUGUAACCCGCAUAAUCCAAUACCUAAAUGUUAUUCAGUAGAAGCCAUCAAAGGUUAUAUAUCUUUAGUGAAAAAGCGUAAUAUACACCUGAUAGUCGAUGAAAUAUUCGCAUAUACAGUAUUCCCCUCGACUGACACACCUUCCCCUCAAGACUUCGUUAGUAUCUUAUCCUUACCUGAAUAUCGCUCUCCCGACGUUAUCGAUAAAAUCCAUGUUUUGGGAGGACCAACAAAAGAUUUGGGGUGUUCAGGUGCAAAAGCCGCUUUAUUGAUUAGUGAGAAUACCCAACUGAGAGAACAAGUAAGGAGAAGCAUGAUGGCUAGUCCCAUUAGCGGAUUAACGGAUGCCGCCCUCAGCGAAUUGUUGAGUGAUAAACGUAGAUUAUUGGGUUUAUUGGAAAGGAAUAGGUCGGAGAUUGGGAAGAAUAUGGAUUUGUGUGCGAAAUGGUGCAAGUUCCAUAAUUUACCGUACAUCGGUGCAAAUGCUGGAGUUUAUUUCAUAUUGGACUUAUCGCCUAUAGCCCUCAAAUUCAAGUAUGACCCUAAAGAGAUUCAAGCUAUCACAAUCUUGAUGAACAAGAUGAUUGAUAAUGGCGUUCAUAUCAACCCACUCGCCCUAGAUGCGGAUCCACUACCUUGUAGAUUCAGGUUCAUUUUCACUCAGAAGCGAGAGAUCUUACAGCUUGCUCUGCGUCGUCUUGAAAAGGCAUUUGAAUUGGAUCAUUUCGAUGGUUUCAAUUGA